GCAAUUACUUCCUGUGUAGAGCGUGUGGUUGAAAACUAAAAACUAAAAGUAGGGGCUUUUUCACCAUGGACUUCAAAAGAAAAGCAACUGAAACUGCUGUUGUACCAAUGAAGAAACCAAGAAAUGAAAUAACAGCUUAUAGUGGUGGACAGAAUGGCACGUUGAUGGAAACGGGUCCACCGAGACUUUCAAACCUGGAGGCUCCCAUAAUGCAGUUAAGUGGACAUGAGGGAGAAAUAUACACUGCCAAAUUCUCACCUGACGGACAGAUGAUAGCAUCGUCAGGGUUUGACAGAUUAAUAAUGUUUUGGACAGUUUAUGGAGAGUGUGAAAAUUUUGCUGUCCUUAAAGGACACACAGGAGCCGUCAUGGAACUUCAGUUCUCAACAGAUGGAAAUUCACUUGUCUCAGCCUCCACAGACAAGACAGUUGCAUUGUGGGAUGUAGAAGUUGGGGAGAGGAUCAAAAAAUUGAAAGGACACACAACAUUUGUAAAUUCUUGUCAGAUUGCCAGACGAGGACCACAGCUUAUUGUCAGCGGAAGUGAUGAUGGCACAAUAAAGUUAUGGGAUGCUAGAAAAAAAGGAUGCCAGCAAACAUUUCAGAACACAUACCAGGUGACGGCGGUAUCAUUUAAUGACACAGCUGAACAAGUUCUAUCAGGAGGAAUAGAUAACGAUAUUAAGGUGUGGGACUUGAGGAAGAAUGACAUUCUGUACCGAUUACGAGGCCAUACAGACACAGUGACAGGGAUCCAGCUGAGUGCUGAUGGCUCCUACCUCCUGUCUAACUCCAUGGAUAACACAGUAAGAAUAUGGGAUGUAAGGCCAUUUGCCCCACAGGAAAGAUGUGUUAAACUUUUUCAAGGUCAUCAGCACACAUUUGAGAAGAAUUUGUUACGUUGUGCUUGGUCAUCAGAUGGCAGUAAGAUUUCAGCGGGAUCUGGUGAUCGUUAUUUGUAUAUAUGGGAUACGACAUCACGCAGGAUACUGUAUAAAUUACCGGGACAUGCCGGAUCUGUCAAUGAUGUAGGGUUCCAUCCCACAGAACCAAUAGUGUUGUCCUGUGGCAGUGAUAAGAAGAUCUUCCUUGGAGAAGUAGAGUGAAGUUUUGUAUUCAGCUGAGGUGAUGGAUGUUGUAUGAAAGCUAAAGAAUGUUGGCAGCAGAUACAUGUAUACUUUUUCAGUGGAAGCAGAUUUAGAAGACAGAACUUGUAAUUUCAGAUUUGAAAUUUGAGUGUUUGGUGGUCCUUAUUGAAAAAGACUUAAUACAUGUACAAUGUAUUAUGCAUUUGCACAACUAUUGUGAGUGUCACUCUGACCAACUCCAAACCAACAGGCAAAAGCAGUAACUCAUCCUCUGAUUCUAGAAUUCUGAGAGAGGAAGAAAUUAGGAUGUACCCUAAACAAAAUCUGAAUCUUAACCUUUCUAGUAUCUGAUUACAAAUUGUCUCUAAGCUUUUGAAACAGUUUGACAUAUUAAAAUAUACUGAUUGAUUAUACAAAUAAAUGUAUGACAAUAAUGUAAA